AUGGCCUCCCCCCUCGAAUCCUUCAUAACCGCCUUCUACAAAACCUCCGACGACUCCUCCCCCGCCGGAACCACCGCCUACGUCAACUACUUCACCCCCACCGCUACCGCAACAUUCGGGCUCAAAUCAUUCACCGGGACUGAUGCUCUGACCAAGAUGCGGGAGGGGAUGUGGGCGCCCGUCUCGAAACGUCAUCAUGUUGCGGAAGGGAUCUAUACGGUGCCAGGCGUGACAGGGUACGGAGAGGGCGAUGGACAUAUCUUCCCGCAAGAGGUGAUGAUUAGAGGGAAGGUUACGUAUACACUCGCCAAGGGUCCGCAUAUUGGUGAAGAAGUCACGGUUGGGUGGGCUGCGAGGAUGGUAUUCGAUGAUCCGAGAAGUGAGGAGAAGAAGAUGAAGGAGUAUACUGUUUGGCUUGACUCCACGCCGUUGUUGGUUGCCCAGGGGUUGGUUAUUCGGGAGACGGAGGGGAGUGUGGGAGAGGUAACCGUUACGGAUAAGUGA